GUAGGAGGGGCACGACGGGGGUGGGAGCGGCGAGCGAAUGGAAUGGGAAAAUCGGUUUAUGGAUUGUUUCGUGGUUGAUGUAUUUGUGGAGUUGGUGGUGACUUUUUGGUGUGAGCGCAGUAGUUGCGGAGUUGUGCGACUUAGGUUUUUACAGAGUGUGCACGUGAAGUGUAUGGCGAAUUCUGUCGGCUAAGGGGCGACACACGUCGCGUGUUCCACUCUUACCAAUCCUUAACUGCACAGAACAGCUUUUCCGUGCCAUUCAUUAAGAAUGAGGCAGCCAUCUGUUGACAGGAAAAUCCAAGAGCAGGCUUCCAUCAUUCUUGACCGAGUUCGCAAUGCGACUGACUCUCAGUAAGUGUCGACAUGGUAAAAACGUAAAAACGCGAAGUGAGAUGUCGUCCAAGCUUUUGUUUCCACUGUCCAGCGUUUUCUUGUCCGAAUUCUGGUUUUUUCUUGCUUACUAACGCUGAAAAUUGAAAGAGGUCAUAAGCUUGCUGCAGCAUUCGAGACGCUGCCGUCGAUCGAACAGUAUCCGGAUUACUUCUCUAAGGUGACGCGUCCCGUAUGCCUGGAGUUUAUUCAGAUGAAAAUCGACACGUCCAUGAUGCACGAUACGUCUGAAUUGAUACGCGAUCUUGCGCAAAUGACCACAAAUGCCAAGAUGUAUUUUCCUCCUGGUUCACCGGUGUACUUGGAUGCUUGUGCUUUAGAGGCCUUUUGUAUUCAGCAGCUGCAGCUGUUCUUCCAACAGGGACUAAUUUCCUCGUUCCAGUGGCCUAAUUUAAUGCCAUCUAUCUCCGGAGACCCGAUACAUCUUCUUCAGCAGCAACAACAGCAUGUGACUCCGCAGAUGCUGAACGAACGUGCUCCAUAUAAUGCACAUCCGUUUGGUCAUGAGAGUCCGGUGAACCCUUUCGGCAUGCAUGAUCAUGUAAAGUAUGAGGACGAUGGUUCAGACGAUCUCUUUAUCGAUGAGUCAGAAGACUCAUCGGAAGCAGCAAAAAGAAAACGAAGUUUUACUUCAAAAAGACAACCACUGCGACCUGCAGAUACGAAACGUCAGAAGUCUCGACCCGCAAAGGUUAACUCUCCUCUCGAAGCAAGAGCCAAAGUUAUUAUGCGCCAAGUUCGCCGAUAUCGAGACGCUACUGGACGUCAGUUGUUUGCGCCUUUUGAACGGCUCCCCGACACACGCUUGUUUCCGGAAUACUACCAAGCAAUUCAGCACCCAAUGGCUCUUGAAGUCAUUCAGAAAAAAUUGAACAAGCACCAGUAUCAAAGCAUUGAUGAAUUUGUGAAGGAUUUCUAUCUCAUGUUCGACAAUGCAAAGGUGUUUAAUGAUCCGUCUAGCCAAGUUUACCGGGAUGCUGAUUUUCUGGAGCGGUACUUGACAGACGUAAUGAAGGUCGAAUCCCAAAAAGAAGACCAUGAGGAAAUGUUUGUGGAACCAGAGGUGCACGUUUCGCCAAACCGAUCAUUUGCUAAGGCUGACAAGAUACAACUUCCACAUGUACCUUUUGACGAUGGACUUUUAUCAGUGGGCGACUGGGUCCACAUCUAUAAUCAAAAUGACCCAAACAAACCCAUCAUCGCGCAGAUUUUCAAGAUUUGGAAGGGUGUGGAGGGUGUUCCUUACGUUACGGCAUGCUGGUACUAUCGGCCAGAGCAGACGGUCCAUCGGGCUGAUCGUGUAUUCUAUGAAAAUGAAGUCUUUAAGACUUCUCAGUAUCGUGACCAUCCAGUUUCUGAGAUUGUUGGACGCUGUUUUGUCAUGUACAUCACUCGUUUUGUCCGUGGACGGCCUAAGGGACUUAAUGCCAUCACACCCAUCUACGUGUGCGAGUCCAGAUAUAAUGAGGAUACGAAGCAAUUUAGCAAGAUUAAGUCUUGGAAAAAUUGUCUUCCUGAGGAAGUUCGUAACAAAGAUUAUGAGAUGGAUAUGUAUGAGAGAACAAUUGUUCCGUUCAAAGUUGCGAGUCCGUUACUACACUUGCUCGCUGAAAAAACCCAGAUGACAAUGUCUGGUGAACGAAUUGUCUCCAAUGAAGCCAACGCGCCUCCGUUACAAGGAGCAAUUCUACCGCCCAAGGACACGACACCCGGUGCUAUGUCGGGAACGAUGAGUGAGUACUACGCUUCCCCAGAUCGUGUUGUCGGUGCAUCUGCAUCAAUGAUGCCUACAUCUACAGUAAAUACGCCGAAUUCACGAAAAUCGACACCGACUCUACAAAAGCCCGCUACAUCAAAUAUGUCCCAAGCUUCUCCAAACAUGGGUUUUCUAUCCAUGCAGGAACUCUCUUCCGCAGCAGUGGCAAGAGGGAUGCCUAACAUGGGUCUUACUUCUGUGCAACCACCGAUGUCUAUUCCUGAUGCUAAUGCCGUCGUUGCAGCAGCGGCGGCAGCAGCUGCAAAUCCGCCUAUCCCAAAGCAAAUUAGUCCGCGACCUAGUCGGCCGGUUUACCAGCAGCAACCUUCACAAUCGACAGCCCCCGACCCGGCCCUCGUGUAUCAGAUGAAUCAGCAGCAAGCGCACCCAGCACCUCCUCCCCAGUCUGUUACCCCUCAGACUCGUGUCCAGCUCCCGCAUUAUGUUCGUACGAAUUCUGCAACCUCAAAUGCUUCCCUCAUGCCCUCAGUCCCUCCAGAACCCACUAACUUGCUGGGUUCUGGUUCGACAGGAUCCGCUUUUCUUAAUACCUCAUCUGCACCCUUUCCAUUAUUUCCGGUAGCCUUUGUCAUUCCGGGCACACAGGAAGAAGCAGUGGAAGCAGGAACUGGUUUUUUGAUUGGUGAAAAGACGGCUCGCACACUGCAGCAGACGGAGGACGGUCAAAUUGUUUGGUACUCUGUGCCUCCGAUGGAGCCUGCGAAACCGUCUCAUCCCAAUUACAAUCUGCAGCAUUCGCUCAAGUGGAAAGAGCAUAAGCUUUCUCAAGCAGCUUCUUCGAAAGACCACGCCGAUGACAAAAUCGAUAAUUCACGAGCACAAGGCGAGCCGAACUCGAGCGAAGUGGAGGAGUUAGCAAGCACUGCGUUAGAGUUACUGAGUGAGUCCCAUCAAGCGUUUGUAAAUGAAACAAGUACAAGCGGUACCGCCGUGUCCGUAUGAAGUGCGUGAUGCAACCACUUAAAAGUCUGUGUUAGUUUAUAGAAUUUUAUUAUCCAUUGAGCACUCGAAUAAAUUUCGUUCUCAUUACCAUUCAUAUUAAAGUUGGCUUUUUGAAAACCAAAAAUACUAUGUCACUUCGGAGCGGCCAUUUGAAACAGUUCAAA